AUGCAAUGUCAACCUCAGUAUCACGACUCGCCAGAGUAUCCUCGUCCGGAUUUCCAGCGCACCGGGUCACGCUGGCUGUCACUCAACGGCCCUUGGGAUUUUCUCUUUGAUGAUGACGACGUCGGCUUAAGCCUGCGAUGGCAACAGUCCGGUUUGCCUACUCAAAUUGCCGUCAAGAAGACAUUAAAGAAGAGCGAGGCUGGAAACCAGUCUGAGAGCGACACCAUCACUCAGCGCAUUGCGGCCGGGACACAAAAUCUACUCAAAGACAACCUCUUUACACGGGACUCUUCGGGGAAAACCAACCACAAGCGUCCAAUUACUGUCCCUUUCGUUUUCCAGUGUCCUGCGUCGGGCAUUAAUGAGCGCGGCAUCCACGAGGUGCUCUGGUAUGAGAGGACAAUCUCAGACUUGCGGGACAAAACCGAACGGCAAGAGGGCCGCCGUCUUCUGCUUAGAUUUGGCGCCGUGGACUAUGAGGCCUCUGUUUGGGUCGAUGGAAGUUUUGUCGGUAGCCACCAGGGAGGCCACGUCCCGUUCCAACUUGACAUCACGGAUGCCAUCGAGGCAAAUACUAGUGGCCAUCAUCGACUGACAGUGCGUGUCUUUGAUUCAGCUUAUGAUUUGACUCAGCCGCGAGGGAAGCAAUAUUGGGGUGCUCAGCCGGAGAGCAUCUUCUAUACCCCUUCUGGUGGAAUUUGGCAACCCGUAUGGCUAGAGGCUGUGCCUGCAGCACGAAUCGCGGAUAGUAGCUAUGGAACUGUAAUCCGAUCGAAUGAUAUCCAUGCUGGGGAUAUUCAUUUCGACAUUGCAACACAAGGUUUGCAGGCAGGCCGUGGAUAUGUCGUCGAAGCAGAGGUCAAUUUCGGGGGCCAACUCGUCUCCAAAUCCCCCAAAAUUGACGUUAAAGAAGGAUCGGGUAGGUUCAGCUUGAGCGCCCGUCUCUCAAAGGAGAGUGUUUCUGCCCUUCCCGAGUCAACACUGAAGGAUGCACCAUUGAGCGACGUUUCUUGCUGGCGAGACGGCGUUGCACUCUGGUCGCCAGAGCAUCCUCAGCUGUACGAUCUAACAAUUAGAUUGUUUGAUUCAUUUUCCGGCAGGGAGGUGGACGAAAUCAAAACAACAACGGGAAUGCGCUCGAUCCAAUGGUCCAACGGCGACGGUCUGUGGAGACUGAAUGAUGCUCCUUACUUUCAGAUGCUGAACCUGGAUCAAGGCUACUGGCCAAACUCGUUCCUAACUCCAGAGUUUUCCUACAGCUUGGAGGUGGAUAUUGAUUGUGCAAAGAAGAUGGGCUUCAACGGCUGUCGGAAGCAUCAAAAGGUUGAAGAUCCCCGGUUCUACUAUUGGGCAGAUAAAAAGGGUUACUUGGUCUGGGCUGAAAUGGCCAACGCCUACCAGUUCAGCCGAGAAUACGUCGACCGUUUCAAUCAGGAGUGGACUGAAUCGGUCAAACUGGCGAUUAACCAUCCCUCGGUGGUGACGUGGACACCAGUUAAUGAGAGCUGGGCAUAUACAUCACUCAAGGAUAACGCCGAGCAGCGCAAUCACAUACGCUCUCUCUAUUACUUGACCAAGACGUUGGAUCCCACUCGGAGCAUCAACGACAACUGCGGCUGGGAACACGUUUGUACCGACCUCUCCACCUUUCAUGAUUACAGCGACGGUCCAGAACUAGAAAAGACUUGCGCGGAUUUAGAUGCCAUUCUCGGCCCCAAAGCUGGACGAGACCUCUUCGUCGGCGAAAUUCCCAACGUCGACAAGGGCACUCACCACACCCCUGGAGCUCCCAUCAUAUGCUCAGAGUGCGGCGGCAUCAACAUUGCACUGGCCAAGAAAGACGACAGCGAGGAGUCCCGGGAUUGGGGCUAUACCACUGCGGCAGAUCCCGAAGAUCUCUUGAAGAGGGUCGAGAGGGUGGUUAAAGGUGUUGCGGGUGGAGGGUAUUGCUGCGGGUUUGUAUACACACAGCUGACGGAUAUUGAGCAAGAGACGAAUGGGUUGUAUACAUUUGAUCGGCGGGAAAAACUGGAUCCGGCAAAAGUCAAGGCAGUUAUGGCAGAGGCGGCGCAGAUGUUUUAUAAAAGGGUCAAAAUGUAG